UUACAUGACGUAUCAGCGGUUCCCGCUCUGAUUCAAAAACUUUAGCGGCAGUUCUGGCGAAGAGUUGAGCUUUUUACCUGUUUGAAGACAAGGAUAAGGCUUUAUAUUGCCCUUUUCAGCAUUUAAGUGUUUAUCGGCUGGUUAUUUUGAAGUUUUUUUCGGAAGUAAUGCAACGGGAAAGGCAAGAAGAAACUGAACAUGACGACGUCAUGGAAGAAAACGCGGGACCUUUGCUUAUCAACAAACUCGAGGAGCAUGGAAUUAGUGCCAAUGAUGUAAAAAAGCUGCAAGAAGCUGGAUAUCACACCAUUGAAGCAGUGGCCUACACACCGAAAAAAGCUCUACUUGGUAUUAAAGGAAUCAGUGAGGCUAAAGCUGACAAACUUCUCAAUGAAGCCUCUAAGCUGGUGCCAAUGGGAUUCACUACUGCCACAGAAUUUCACCAGAGAAGAUCAGAAUUAGUGAUGAUUACUACAGGGUCAAAAGAGUUAGACAAACUUAUGCAAGGUGGUAUUGAAACUGGAAGCAUCACAGAAAUGUUUGGGGAGUUCCGUACUGGAAAAACACAACUGUGUCACACAAUGGCCGUAACAUGUCAGCUUCCCAUCGACCAUGGUGGGGCAGAAGGAAAAUGUCUCUACAUUGAUACAGAGGGCACAUUUCGACCUGAAAGACUGGUAGCUGUUGCUGAAAGAUAUGGGCUUUCGGGACAAAGUGUGCUUGAUAAUGUGGCCUAUGCGAGAGCCUACAAUUCAGACCAUCAGUCUCAGCUUCUGAUACAUGCAUCUGCUAUGAUGUCUGAAUCAAGAUAUGCUCUUAUGAUUGUUGACAGUGCAACAGCUUUGUAUCGUACAGACUACUCUGGUCGUGGAGAACUGUCUGCCCGGCAGAUGCACCUGGCAAGAUUCCUUAGAACACUACUAAAACUUGCAGAUGAGUUUGGUAUAGCUGUUGUUAUCACAAACCAAGUUGUAGCACAGGUGGAUGGUGCUUCUAUGUUCCAAGCAGAUCCCAAAAAGCCAAUAGGUGGAAACAUCAUGGCACAUGCAUCAACAACAAGAUUGUACCUCAGGAAGGGAAGAGGGGAGACAAGAAUAUGUAAGAUAUAUGACUCGCCAUGUUUGCCUGAGGCUGAAGCCAUGUUUGCUAUCAAUGCAGAUGGUAUUGGAGAUGCUAAGGACUAAAAACUGGAAAGGCAAAAUUUUUUGGAUAUGGUGUAAACAGGAUUAAAAGUCUCAGAUGAGCGCAUCUCUAUUUUAGCAUCUAGUACCACUAGAUGAUUUAAACAUGUGAUGUUCCAUAAGGACUUAGCUAAUACCAUCAUAGGGUGCUGGCAGGCCCUCAUUAUCAUCCCUUCUGGACAAGUGUGACUCAUCUUAAAUCUUCCUGUGGGCAGAGAAACACAAAUUUUAAACACAUUUCACAAUGAGGGGCUGCUUGCAAACUACUGGGCUGCCAUCUUGAAGUCAUCAUGGAGAAGCCAACUUUGUUUUGCUAAAAUAAGAUUCAUAAACAACAAUCAUACAAUCCUGAAUAGUAUUUGUUUUAUUUCUUUGCUAUUUUAUUUAUUCAACUUUUGAAAUUCUUGUCUUAAACAUUAAUGUGAAAAUUAAAUAUUGUAUCCUUGAUACUGGCACCAGAUGUUCUAAUCUGGUGAUAACUCUGCUGUAAAUAAUAAAAAUCAUACCACUGCUGAUUUGACAAAAAAGAAAAUCAUUGGCUAAAGUCACUCUCAACAUCUAGAAUUUAGAAAUGAGCAUCACAUGUAUUUCAGUUAUAUACACUUUUUUACUGCAAGUUCUAGAAAACCAUGAACACUAUAAAUAUUUCUGUUUGUUAAUGCACAGUGACAAACAAGUCCAAAGAUGUGAGGGGGACAAGAAUAAACAGUACACAGGAGUAGUAAUGGCAUGUAGAUACUAAUUUGUCUCUCUGUUGUCUGCUUGUGAGUUACAAUCACCAAGUUGACUGUUGCUCCUCAUUAUAUACCAAACAUUCCCUUAGCAUUUUAGAGGUUCAUGGUUUUCUGACUUUUCCAGAUAAUG